AUGGCGGAGGAGGAUACUGUGUCCGGAGAAGGGUGGAUCUCAGAUGAUAGCAGUUUCUAUGGUGACGAGGAUGAAAAACAACACCAAUCAAAAAAGUGUGAAAGCUUCAAGACCGGGCCUUUCUGGCGCGCACAUGCUAAAGACCUGAACACAAUCGCGGCUGCUGCAAGAACAUCAGCACCACCAUCAGAUGGAGCUGUGUCAGACAAGCAACCUGCGGUAAAGGCUAAUACCUUCGACAUGUCGGGUCUCGAUCGCCAAGCUAUGGAGCAGGAGCGAUUGGCAAGACAAGGCAAGCGGAAGCGAGAGCCCUCGCCCGUGCCAGCCUCGAACCUUGAACUGUUCAAUCCUUUGGAAGGACAAGAUGAUGCGUGGCAGCUAGGCGAGCCUGUUGAUGACUUUGUCAGGCGACUUCCUCCAUAUACAACCUCCAUCUCUACAUGUCCCUGGAUCUGGGCUGCUAAUCCGUAUCGCAACCCUCGCGACAAGUCACCUUCGCCACGUGUUCAAGACUUUACAUCGCGUGGCACGGAGUUGCUUCAACAGUCGCUCCAGACCCGCCGCGACAUCCAGAAAGAAGGCGCGAAGGGGCCUAGGGGUAUGGUCACUAAACAGCUCCUCCAAGAGAGCAAAGCUCUACAAGAACGGAUCUCAGACCUUGCAAAGGACACGCAUGUUCUGUCCGGAAAGGCAAGUUCCAUUAGCUGCCCGAUCAUUCACUUCUUCCGAUCACUAACUGGUGUGGCCACAGACGACGGCAAGGACGAGCGACUAAUCUGUGUCUACACAAAGGACUUCCUGGACGCUGACGAUGUACUGCGAGUACUCCAUGAGCUUGAGACCAUGGGUCUCAUCAACGUCGGCAGGACCAUUUACUACAAACCAGACGCCUACACUUAUCUGGAUCUCAGACGCGAGACGGCUGCAGAAUAUGGACUCCAAGCCAGUCUUUACAACUCACGAACUCUGUUGGCAGCUAACAAAGUGUCGAAGCCAUCCUCGUUCCCGCAGAAGAAGCAGUUAACGCUGAAGAAGUGA